AUGGACAGGAAAUAAAAAUAAACAUAGAUCUAACUGCAUCAAACAAACCUAGAAAAGAUCAUCAAGAUAGAUCUAGACUAGAUAGAGAUAUUUCUAAACUAUCGAUUCGAUGAAUCUUGGCAAUCUUAUACGGAAAGGUAGAGUAAGAUAAAAUGAAGUAAAUAAAGUUGGAAUUGGUCUUGCAAGGUUUUCAUCCAAUUUUACACAAGUUCUAAAAAUGAAAGUGAAAAUCUUACCAGCCUUAGAGGACAACUAUAUGUAUCUCAUUAUAGAUGAAGCAACUAAACAGUGUGCUGUGGUAGAUCCUGUGGAGCCAGAUAAAGUGGAAGCAGCACUCAGUGAUGAAGGUGUAAAUCUGACAACUGUAUUGACUACUCACCAUCACUGGGAUCAUGCAGGAGGCAAUGAACAACUUAUUAAAUCUUUAGGCAGUAAAGAAGUUGUAGGUGGUGAUACAAGAAUUGGAGCAUUGACAAGAAAAGUGACUCAUGGUGAUGAAUUAAAGAUUGGUAAUCUGAAUGUGAAGUGCCUUUUUACACCAUGUCACACUGCAGGUCACAUUUGUUACUAUGUCACAAACCCUAAUGAUUCAGAAUCAGCUGUUUUUACUGGAGACACCUUAUUUGUGGCAGGAUGUGGAAAAUUCUUUGAAGGCACUCCUGAUCAGAUGUACAAAGCUUUAGUUGAAAUACUAGGAACUUUGCCUCCAGAAACGAAAGUUUAUUGUGGACAUGAAUAUACUGUAAACAACUUAAAAUUUGCUGAGAGUGUGGAACCUAACAAUAAACAGCUAAUAUCAAAAUUGGAACUUGCAAAGACACUUCGCCAAAGUGGAAAGCCCACCAUUCCUUCUACCAUCAAAGAAGAGCUGUCUUUCAAUCCAUUCAUGAGAGUUCAGUUCGGAGAUGCCUCUAGUCCAAGGGUGGGCAAAUUACGGCACGCGGGCCACAUGCGGCCCGCCGAGGUGUUUUAUGCGGCUCGCCGGCACCUACAAAAAUCAGUGAACAAACUGUGCAAACAAAAAUGGGUCAGACUGAUCCAAUUAAAACAAUGGGAUCAUUGAGAGCAUCCAAAGAUCAAUUCAGACCAAAUUGAACUAGCAUUGAAAGUUGCUCUGAAGGCAGACAGGAGAAUUGUGAUGAAUUGUUUUAACCUGUUACUUGAAUACAAAUUAAUUAUUGUUUUCAUA